GAAAAUUCCAGGAGUAGUAAUUACAUGCGCUCCCUUUUGGAUUCAAGGGCGAGCGCUCGUCUUCCUCUUUCUGCUUCUUCUUCUUUUGCUUUUGGUUCUUGCAAGGAAGGCUGGUACUACCGCUGCCUUGGAGUUGACCCUUGAGAUCUCUUUCUCUCUAAUCCAUAUACUCAUUUCAAGGAAUUUUCAUUUUCUUUUAAGUUUUUGCGAUUUUUCUCUUUCGAUUUUUUGAUACCGGCGCUAGCUUCGGUGAAUUUCUCGGGGCUGUUGUCGUCGGUAUCCGGUUCCCUGAUUCGGAUAUAGUUUGAAGGAAAAAGAAGGGAUUGCGAUUUCUUUUUUUCUUUUUGUAUGAAGAUGUUGCUGUACAAGCAGAAGAAGAACCAGAAUGUUAAGGGCAAUAGGCUGUUGAUCAGCAUCAAUGUGCUCGGCAGCGCUGGUCCGAUUCGAUUUAUUGUAAGCGAGGAGCAACUUGUUGCUGAUGUUAUUGAUACCGCGUUGAAAUCCUACGCGCGUGAGGGCCGGCUCCCAAUUCUUGGCUCUGAUCUUCACGAUUUCCAGCUUUAUUGUCCGAGUGCUGGACCAGAUGCCUUGAGUCCAUGGGACACAAUUGGAUCGCACGGAGCUCGAAACUUCACGUUGUGCAAGAAACNGGGAUCCUUGAGUCCAUGGGACACAAUUGGAUCGCACGGAGCUCGAAACUUCACGUUGUGCAAGAAACCACAGGCAGAGAAAGUGGGAGAAGAUGGAAAAGCAGCAUCACGGCCAGCCAUCCAUCGCAAAGCCUCAGGGAGCUGGAAGUCAUGGAUCAACAAGUCUCUGAAUAUGAAAAUCUAUUCCCAUUGA